AUUAGGGGGGUUAGAGAGAGAGAGAGAGAGAAGUGUUGGAGUGAAACACCGAUUGAUAUAUUCUUCUCAUGAUUCCCGAACAUUCUCUUCUUAUUUCAUCUCCGGCGGCUACCCACGUGAUUAUAAUCUCUUCUCUUCCCCGCGUUUAGCUUUGCACUUCCCCUGAAUUUUUAGGGUUUUCUGAGUGGUGAAUGUGGCUUCGCUGCACAUUAAUCAUCGUUGCACGUUAUACCACAAUGUCCGGUCCACUCGAUAGUUUAGCCAGACCCCGUUUUGAGGGGUUCUCCGGUAGUGAUGAGAAAAAAGAAAGGAGAUCUGAUUUUGAGUACUCUGAGGAUGAAAGGAGGGCUAGAAAGAAAGCUCUUAAUGCUUCUUCAGACUUCAACCAUUCUCUAAAGAAAAAGAGCAGCAGUAGAAAAAGUGAUGGACGGGAUAGUUCAGUUUCCGUUGAGGAGCUGCAGGCUGUUGAUGCAUUUCGCCAAUUGUUGGUUAUGGAUGAAUUGCUUCCUGAAAAACAUGAUGAUUUCCAUAUGAUGUUAAGAUUUCUGAAAGCAAGAAAGUUUGAUAUUGAAAAAGCAAAGCAUAUGUGGGCCGAUAUGCUACAAUGGAGGAAGGGGUUUGGUGUUGACACUAUUAUGGAGGAUUUUGAGUUCAAAGAGUUAAAUGAAGUCGUGAGGUACUAUCCUCAUGGUCAUCAUGGUGUCGAUAAGGAGGGAAGACCUGUUUACAUUGAAAGACUUGGAAAAGUGGAUCCAAACAAAGUUAUGCAAGUUACUACUAUGGAUAGAUAUGUGAAGUAUUAUGUGCAGGAGUUUGAGAAAGUUUUCGCCAUUAAGUUUCCCGCUUGCACAAUUGCUGCCAAAAGGCACAUAGAUUCAAGCACCACAAUCUUGGACGUUCAAGGCGUGAGCCUUAAGAACUUUACCAGGUCUGCCCGGGACCUUGUCAUGCGCUUGCAAACGAUUGGUGAUGACAAUUACCCUGAGACUCUCUGCCAAAUGUUUAUCAUAAAUGCUGGCCCUGGGUUUAGGUUGCUGUGGAACACUGUCAAGUCUUUCCUUGAUCCCAAAACAACUUCAAAGAUUCAUGUUCUUGGAUACAAGUACCAAAGCAAAUUGCUUGAAAUAAUUGAUGCCAGUGAUUUGCCAGAAUUUCUGGGAGGUAACUGCACCUGUGCAGAUCAGGGAGGGUGUCUCAGAUCUGAUAAAGGGCCCUGGAAAAAUCCUGAAAUAUUGAAGAUGAUUCUCAGCGGUGAAACAUGGGGGGUAAAGCAGGUAGUAAAAGUUCAAAACAGUGAAGGGAAGGUUAUUGCGUACGUCAAACCACGAUAUCCAAUGUUAAAAGGCAGUGAUACGUCCACAGCUGAAUCAGGGUCUGAAGAUGUACAGUAACUACUAACAAUUCUAAGGUAGUUGGAAAGUCGAGCUAUGCUGGUAGUGGUAACUUCUCUGGGUAUGACGAAUAUGUUCCCAUGGUGGACAAAGCUGUUGAUGCUAGCUAGAAGAAUCAAGCAUCACUCCCGAGGUCUCAUUCUUCCAAAGCUUAACAACUGUAUGUUAGCAUUUAUAGUAGAUAUAAUUUUUCUAUGAAUCUUCUCAUGGUGCUUAUUGACCAAAAGUCAAUAAGACUCUUCAAAAAGUAGUCCUGUACAUCAAAAUUGUGAGUGCUUUCUGUUCUAAAUCUCAAUAAAAACCCAUUUCAUUUUCAGCAUAGUGACACUAAUUGUCCCCUAAUCUUUGUAUAAAAUUUGAUGGCUGGGAAUGUAUUGAUGUCACAAGCUUCAAUGUAUAUUGCGUCAUGAUAUAAAAGAUUAUGUUGAAUUAAAUCAUGAAUUCCGGACUAAUCAAUGUUGGAUUGAAAUUAACUGAUAUUUUGGUAGGCUUUAUUGAAGAGAUGAACUUGUUUUCUUUUAAUGCUACUGUUCUUGUUGUCAGUAUGCUGUGCACCAUUCGCCUAUUGCCUUAAAUAGCACAAUGCACUCCCUUGUUUUUAAACCCAUUAUUUUCAGUUUUUGAAAUUUGAAUUUUGUCACCAACUUUUAAAACAAGUUAAUUUAUUUUAAACUUUUUUUUUUUCUUUAUACCGACCUUAAUUGUUUCUUGGAGGCGAGUUGUGCCCAUAUUUUUUUGUAUCCUACAUCUAAACUCUUCCAGCUGCAUAUUUACCCCAAACUCCAACUAGAUGGUCAACCAUAUGCAAUGAGGCCCAAGAUAUGGUUGAAAGUAGCCAUACCAUAUUACCAUGUAAUUGGAAACUAACUUUGGUGGUGGUUUGGUGCUGAUCACUGUGAUGGGGAGCUUUUUUGUAAUCUGCUAUUUGAACAGUGGAGUUGAUCGUGACAGAACACAACAUAUUUCAGAGAUUCGAGCACAGCAGAAUAAAAAGUUGAAAGUAACUUAACAUGGGUAAAUAUGGACCACACUGUUCAGUGAUCUUCACAGAUCCCCAAUCCCAAGUUUGUUGGCCAAAGAUGCAAG